AUAAUAAAUUAUUUGUUGACUAAACAUUAUAAAAUAAUAAAAAUCAAUCAAUAUAAUAAUAAAUAAUGAAAAUCUUAAUUCUAUCGUUGGUCUUAUUGUCGGUAGUAAUCGGGUCCAACGCGUUACACAUCAGGGAUGGCCAGCAGAACGUCAAGGAUGAGUUGAUGAAGGAAUUGGAGGCACUGAAGAAAAAAAUGCUGGAAAUGUUGGAAAAGCUAAAGAAAGAGGGUAAACAGGAAUUGGGCAAACUUUUAUCUAACCUAGAGCAACAGGUUGAGCUGCUCGAGAGCCAACUCAAAAAGCUAGACCCCAAGGACCCAUUAGCAAAAAUCUUGCUCCAACAACUCGAGACUUUAACCAAGAUACUUGAGCAGGAGAUUAAAGCCGAGAUAGAUCGUUUAAAACACUUGUCAUUGCUAUUAGCCAAUCAGGACGACCCUCUGGAUCAGCUGAUGAAAGAGUUGGAAGCACUGAAAAAAGAGGCGCUGGAAAUGUUGGACAAGUUAAAGAAAGAAGGCAAACAGGAAUUGGGCAAAACGCUGGCCUUCCUAGAGAAGCAAAUUGAAAUGAUUGAGUCACAGUUGGAAAAGCUCAACCCUAAAGACCCGUUGAGUCAACUACUGUUGGCACAGCUCGAGAUCCUGGCAAAGGUGGUCGAGCAGGAGAUUAAGGCCGAGAUCGAGCGCUUAAAACACGUGUCAGUUGCGGUCAAUACAGCCAAUGAUAUUCUCGAUGACAUCAAAAAGGCGUUGGAAGCGCUGAAGAAAGAGGCGCUGGAAAUGUUGCAGUGGUUGGCCAAAGAAGGUAAGCAGGAAUUGGGCGUUGUGUUGGCCACCCUAGAAAAGCAAGUUGAAUUUAUUGAGUCACUUGUGGAGAAAUUGGACCCUAAAGACCCGCUGAUUGACCUAUUGUUGGGUCCGAUCGAGACGUUGCUUAAGGUUGUCGACCAGCAGAUUAAGGACGAGAUAGAGCGUUUGAAGCAUUAAAUUAUGAACAUAAUACUGAUUUGAGACUAUGUCAGUCCU